AUGCUCUCACGUGUUGCUGCAGUGAAGGCACCCCGCACACACAACCGUCGCCGCGUGACCGGAUCCAGCGGAAGGAGGAGGGAAGGAAGGGAGAGUGAGCCGCAGAGGCCCAACAUGUCCCGGCGUGCGUUUACUUCCGCGGUGCUGCUCCUCCUAUUUGUCGUGAUGAUGUGCUGCGGCACUGGUGGAGGUGUGCAAGCUGAUGAGGAUCUGCCGGCAGAUCCAAAGUAUCAAUUGGAGGACACUGCUGAUGGAAAUCUGGAGUCGUUUGGAAUU